AGAUCAACCUCCCACUCUAGUCUUUCCUUCAUAGUCAUCCCAGUAAUCUCCAUUAGCCUCUAGUCCAGUCUCUACUGAUAUCUGCUGGCUUACUAUAGGCUGCAAAUUCACGCAGCAAAUUGUAGCUAAUCUCUAUUCUCUCUAUUCUCUCUAUUCUCUCUAUUCUCUCUAUUCUCUCUAUUCUCUCUAUUCUCUCUCUAAUUAAUCUCUCUUCUCUUCUUUUCUUUCUCAAUGAGUGAACAGUACGAGGCACUGCCUCGAGAGGCCGAUACCGGCGAUCGCCCUCUCCACGAACCGGCCUCAUGGAUCAAAACAUCCUUCAACUGGCUGUGGGAGAUGGCCACGACCAUCCCCGACAAGCCCACCAAGCCUGCAGACCUGCUCAGCCCGCGGAUGCUGGUCUGUCUGCUCGUUCCCGCGCUGGUCAUCUUCCUGUCGUGGCUGGAGAUGCCGGCGUCGGCGACCUUUGCGCUGAACCUGAUUGCCAUUGUGCUCUUGUCCAUUGUCCUGACGCUGGCGACGGAGCGGCUCUCCCUCGAUCUGGGGCCGGCAGGGGGCGCCUUGCUGAACAUCAGUUUUGGCAAUCUGUCGGAAUUGAUUGUCUUGUACGUCACUGCCCUGGCAAGAGGCCAUAUCAAGAUCGUCCAGUACUCGCUUCUGGGCUCCAUCCUGGUCAACGUGUUGCUGGUGCUGGGGCUGGCCAUGAUCGUCGGCGGAAUGAAGUUCAAGGAACAGGCGUACGACCGAGAGAUUGCCCAGCUGUUUGUCGGCCUGCUCAACUUGACGGUCUUUAGUUUUGCAAUUCCGAUGGCAUUCGAUGCGACGCUGUGGGAUACAGACAUCUCAGAUGAAGCCGCCUGCACCUACAGCCGGGUGAUCUCCAUCAUCCUCCUCGGCGUGUACCUGGUCUAUCUGUUCUUCCAGUUCAAACCGAUGCAGAAAAAGGCCAAAGACGCGCUGACCUCGGACGAAGAGGCGCUGCUGGCCUAUGUCCAGGAACUGAGCUUGCCGGAGCUGGAGGGCGAGGGAGAGGAAGAGGAAGAUGUGUCGAAAGAGGACGAUCAUGAAGUUCAGCAGACAGCACACCCCAAACCAGCUGUCAAUAAGAGCUGGCUGCAUCGCCUGCAUCUCGACUUCUUGCUCGCCCUCGCUCUGCUGCUGCUGUCGGCCGUCCUGAUCGGCAUCUCGGCCGACUACGUCGUCUCCAGCUUCCGCCAUCUCAACCAGCGCGGCGUGCUGGGCAAGUCGUUUGUCGGGCUGAUCAUCCUCCCUGUCGCGGGCAACGUCGCCGAGAUCGUGACGGCGGUGAUUGUCGCCGGCAAGGACGAGAUGGACCUUGCUAUUAACGUCGCCCUCGGCUCGGCCCUCCAGAUCGGCCUGUUCCUUGCCCCGAUCACGGUCCUGAUCGGCUGGGGUCUGCAGAAGGAGAUGACUCUGAUCUUCGGUCUGUAUGAGACCGUCGUUCUCUUCGCCAGUGUGCUGCUCGUCAGCUUCCUCAUGGUCCAGAACAAGACCACCUCUCUCGAGGGAUUCAUGCUCGCCUCUUGCUUCGUCGUCAUAUCAAUCGGAGCGUAUGUUCUUCCAGAUCCUCAGCAUUAACCCAGUAUUAGAAUCAUGCAUAAGAGCCCACAAGGGUCGUAGAUAGAAUAGCGAAAACUUCAGUUGAAUCACAAGG